AAAGAAAGCAGUCGUGGGCUUGUCUUCAGGUAGAAAACGUCGAUGCUUCUUAUUGUUCCACCGUCUAAAAAGAAUGCAACGUUGCAGCUAGGUUCUGAAUUGACGAAGUGAAUAUUUUAGAAACUAACGUUCAACGUAGUCUUAGCUGUGAGUUACUUCGUCACGUGGUGAAAUAAGAACUAGUAGUGCUGGAUUUUUCUCUUCAGUAAUUUAGUUAGAGAACGUAUCGCAACUUUAAAACACUCUUCCAGUUAUCCUCGUGGUCGAUUCGAAGCAGCUUCUUUAGUUUGUUCGUCAGUAUCGCGAAAAUUCUCGAGUAAACUCGAGUUACUUUGAAACAUACUAGCUGCACUUCAUCUUUCAGUUUAUUUUAUUGUACUAUCUCAGUAGCAUUUGUUCGAACAACGAAACCGGAGAAUCAGCAUGUCUGUGUCGGAUUCACUCUCUAUGAGUCCCAUAAUUCCAAUCCCUGGGCAAUUACAUAUAUAUAACAACGGCGAAAACAAUGAAAUCUCUGAGAAAUGUUAUUCAACUGAUAAAAAAAGUGAGCUACCUACUGCGAGAAACCCAGCUACCUGCGAGAAGAUUCCAAACACCGUUAACCCUAAGAAGAAGGAUGGUUUAAACGUCAAUAAAACGCGGAUACAGCAGUUUUAUUCCGGCCAAACAAUUUUUAUCACAGGAGGAUCCGGUUUUCUUGGAAAAAUAUUAAUCGAGAAAUUAUUACGUGCGUGCACCGAUAUCACUACUAUUUAUGUAUUAUUACGUUCAAAAACUGAAAGAGAUGUCGAAGACCGGCUCAAUGAUAUAUUUCAGAACAUGAUUUACGAUCGACUUAAGGCGGAAGUGCCAAAUUUUCGAAGCAAAAUCGUGCCGAUAAAGGGUGAUUUGUCUGUCGCAAAUUUAGGUCUCUCACGGGACGAUGACAGCCUCCUCAAACAGAAUGUAUCUAUCGUCUUUCAUAUGGGCGCAAACGUACGCUUUAAAGAAGAAUUCAAAUCUGUUGCGAUGACAAACAUUAACGGCACCAAAUAUAUCUUAGAUAUGGCUAAAGAUAUGAAAAAUUUGAAGGCGUUUAUUUACGUAUCGGCACUGAAUGCGAACUGCUAUUUAAAGCACAACGAAGAAAUUUUCUACCCAUGUCCUAUCACUUAUCAAACUUUUCUUACAAUAGUGAAGAAUUUAAAACCCGGAGAAGUCAGUGAACAGAUCGCCGAGGCUUUCUCUGCUUGGCCGAAUACAUAUACAAUUACCAAAGCCGUCGCGGAAUCAUUAGUGAAAGAAGUAAGCGAGGAAUUGCCGAUUGGAAUUUUUAGACCGGGUACAGUUAUAUCCACUGCUGAUGAACCGCUUGCGGGAUGGGUCGGUAAUUAUUACGGUCCCAUGGGACUGGUGAAGUAUAUUUACAAAAGACUGAUAAAAUAUAUAUGGUGUGAUCCUAACUGCGUAGUAGACUUAGUGCCUGUCGAUAAAACCAUAAACGCUCUAAUUGUUGCUGCGUGGGAUGUCUCUAAUAAACCAGACAGGAGAGGUAUUGAAACGUUGAUUUACAAUUAUGUAUCGUCGAACGAUGCACCUAUAACCUGGGGCCAGUAUUUUCAGAUAGCGAAAGUGAUUGGUAAGAAAUAUCCACUGGAACCGUGGCUUCUAACCGUAAAAUUGAUUAAAAAAAAGAGUUUAUAUAAAACUCGCAAUUGGUUCACUUACACGUUACCUGCUAUUUUAUUGGACAAAUUGGAAAGAAACACAAAUAAAAGAAGCUUACAGAAAUUAUAUAAUAAACUUUACCAAGAUAUGGAAAAUCUUGGAUAUUUUAUGGUCAGAGAAUGGACUUAUGCCAAUUACAACGUUCAAUCAAUGUGGCAUAGGUUGUACAGGAGGGAUCAGCAUCUGUUUAAUUUCGACAUGACAGAUUUCAAUUGGCAGGAAUAUUUGGAAAAUCAUUUCAAAGGCAUACUUAUUUAUCUGUUUAAUGAGGAUUUGGAUAUAUUGAAAGUCAACGGUGAAAAAUUGAAGAAGUAAAAAAGUCUCUUUGCAAUUUCAGAAAAUGUAUAUAUGGCAAAUUUAUAUAAGAACUGGUGUUUUUUUUUAUCGUUUAUUUAGGACCAAAAUUACAAUUAAAUGUAUACAAUAAGCUCAAUAAACAAAACUUUUCAAUAACAG